AUGAGUGUCGAGGUUGAUAUGCAGCCUGCAGAAGCAGCAGCCAACGCUGCUGCUGCUGCUGCUGCUGCUGCUGCUGCUGCAGAUGGUGAUAUGUCACAGGACCUGAACUGCUGCGACAGCGACAGCGGCGAUGGCCUGAGAAGGUACCUCGAGGCAAAGGUGGAGCAGCUGGAGCGCACCAUUGCUGAGAAGACCCAAAACAAACAAAGAUUAGAAGCACAGCGAAAUGAAUUCAACGCAAAGGUGCGGGAGCUGCGCGAGGAAAUUCAGCUGCUGCUGGAGCCUGGCUCUUAUGUAGGAGAGGUCGUGAAGGUCAUGGGGAGAGACAAAGUACUCGUUAAGGCUCGCACGGAGAUUCUGAAGAUUCACAGCCGCAAAAUGAAUUUAAUGAGAGGCAUCGACCUAAAGAAAAUAGCGCAGGAGACAAACGGGGCUUCAGGCGCAGAGGCCAAGGCGGUGUGCACUGAGGCGGGUCUGCUGUCUACUGUCUAG